CCCGCCAACGGCACGCGGCUCUGCGCGCUGCUCUACGCCGACAACAGCCCCUACUACGAGCAGUGCUGCUCCGGGGACGUGCUGGAGGUGCUGCCGGACAGCGACGUGCCCUACAUGCCCCGCGGAUGGUCCGGCCGCGCCUCCUCGCUGGUGGUGGGCACCAGGUGCGAGCUCGUCGUGUGGUCGCGCCGGGCCAAGAAGGGCAACUCCAAGAAAUUCGGCGCCGGAGCGGUGCCGCGGCUGCAGGAGGUGCGCCGGGGCUUCUUCGGCGACUGGAACGACGCCAUCCGGGGCUACUACUGCACCUGCAAGUGAGCGGCGG